GGAAGGAAAAGCUCGACAGCGGAAUUAUAGAGAUAGGAAAAGGAGAGAGAGGUGCAUCCAAAGCUUGGUUUCCGUUUGAGUAUUCCCCGUAUGCAGGGAGGGUGCGUCACGGAAGAAGAUCACAAACACACACACGCAGAAGGGGAACAAAGAUCCUAGUCUCGUUCUAUCUAUGCGGUGAAAAGAAUAACAAUCCGUUCUAGAGCUCUCUCCUCUAUGGUUCCCCCCUCGCGCGCUCCUUCUCUAGCAGGUCGGAAAUAUAGGUACUGUACAGUUCACUGGAGGGACGUCACAAGCGCCUGAGCCACUGGGGAGGGCGAGGAACCUCCCAGGGCCAGGCGUUGGCCGACCACAGAGCUAGGAAGAGAGAGCGACGCCCCGUCUUCGGCCAAAGAGAUUGUCAAUGGCCGACUUCCGUUUUGUACCGGAAAACCAGGCUGCGCGUCUCUCUAGCCUCUUGCUCGACUGUGGUCCGGUCUGUCGCCAUGGUGUCGCCGGGUGAGGAAGUUAUUUCCGGUGCCACAGAAAUAAAGGCCGGGUGGGGGGACGGUGACCUCGGAACGAGGCCCUCUUAAUCGGGAGGGAGGGAUUCCUUCUGAGUAAGGCGAAGACUUGCGAUGGUCUUCGAUCUAUUUAUUUGCAGGCCGCCGUUCUGCCCGCCAGCCGUAGCCUGCAUGGCCAAUCAGGAUGGUCACAGGCUCGCCCUGCCUGCUUUGAAACUGAUUUUGAAAUCUCUUCCGUCAUCAAAGGGUUAUUAUUUACAAAGACUGGGAAACAAGUUUUGAGGCGGGGAGGGGGAAGUGUCUGCGAUUUGUUACCAGAAAACGAGGGGUCCACACCAAGUUCAGCAUCAGUUUCUCUUUUUCUCCCCCCUCCCCUGCUCUCAAGUGGAGAUGGGGAACCUGCAGCCCUGCAGACUCCCAAUUCCCAUCAGCGCCAGCCAGCAGGGUUGGUGGUCUGCAGUGAUGGGAACUAGUUCAGGGACAUCUGGAGGACCACAGGUUCACCACCUUUGAUCUAGGGCUUCCCAUCACCUCAUAUAUUGAUGCUGUAGUUUAUGCUGUUGGAAGUCUUACGGGUGUGGGGGCUCUGGUAGCACGUCAAAAGGUGUUGGUGCUGGGGAACUGUUAGACGCUGAACCUUGAAUCAUUCCCUAACUCAUGCAUUGAAAAAUUCUUGAAAACAAUUCUUUGACUGUAGGGAUUAGAGUGCUGUGUUGUUGCAGGUGAAGUUGCUGCUUUGGUCUUGGUGGCAGUUCUUUGGGGAGGAACCAAUCCAUUUUUGAAAAGAGGAACUGAGGGUCUGGAGCGAGUGAAGAGAGAGAGCAGAACUCUACAGCUGCUGGCAGAAAUUAAAUUCCUUUGCCUCAAUUAUAAGGUAUUGUUGCACACCACUCCAAUCUCUAAGUGGUGUUAGAUUCCCAGGGGGUCCAGGUGCUUACCCAGGGUUCGUGUUUCGUUUUGGAAAUGAGGCACCGCAGAGACUCUGGUGUCUAUGAUGCCUGGUCUCUUUACACGUAUAUACAACCUAAGCCUAUGAUGGAGGGAUUCACAGCAUCAAUAGCCCGAGAGGGCUUUUCCCACAGCAACAGCCUUGGACUCAAGCAGAAAUAAAAUGUACUUAUUUAUUCAAGAGAUUUGUAUGUUGCCUUUCAUAAAAUGGUAUCAUAAGGCAAUUCAAGGUACAAUUUAAAACACGGUACAAUAAACUACAGUAAAUGCAUGUGUAGUAAAAUAGAUGGUGGUUCAAAAGAUUACUAAAACAUUGCAAUCAUAAAACAACAAAGUAGACAAAUUUUCUAGCAACACAAAAAUUUAAAACAUCAGAUCUUUAAAUGCCUGAGAGUAAAAAUGUUUUAACUUGGUACAUAAGAUAGUAAAGUAAACAUGAAGCAAGGGAGGGUGCUUCACAGCUGAGGCACCACAGAUGAAAAAGCUCACUGUUGUUACCACCUGUCAGGUUUCUGAUGUGGGGGAACACUGCAGAGAACUACUGGGUGGGAUGCUACUUGCUUUUGGAGGUGACAUGAGAGUAGGUGGUUCUUAGGAUGCCUAGAUCCUAAGCCAUUCAUCCUCAGCCUGCAGCCCUCCAGGUGUUUUGGCCUACAACCCCCAUGAUCCCUAGCUAACAGGACCAGUGGUCAGGGAUGAUGAGAAUUGUAGUCCAAAACAUCUGGAGGGCCGAAGGUUGGGGAUGCCUGUCCUAAGCUGUAAAGGGCUUUAAAGGUUGAAACUAGCACCUUGCAUUGGGCUGGUAAGGAACUGGUAGCCAGUGAAGAACUUUCAGAAUUGAUAUACCGUACUUUGUUUCCAGUGACUCAUUCCAGUUAAAAUUGUAUUUGCCAUAUUUUGAAUCAGUUGCAGCUAUUAACAAAAAUAGCCCCAAUUACAACACAUUACAGCAGACCAUUGUUCUUCAAUCUUGGUUCCCCAGAAGUUAGACUACAACUCCCAUCAGCCCUCACUAUUUAUUAAGUGGGCUGCAGAACUGUAGGUCAGCAACAGCUGGGGAACCAUGUAUGAAGAACACUGCAGUAGCCUGAAAUGGGGUAUUAGCAGCUAAGGUCUUUUCAGGAUCUCAUUGCAGCUCAUUGUCAUUUCAAAUCCAGUAAUCCUGGAGGUCUGACCAUGCUGUUAUUUUUCAUUUUUGCAGUACGUGGUGCCAUUUGUGCUCAACCAGUGUGGCUCUUUUGUCUACUAUCUUACUUUAGCAUCUACAGGUUGGUCCUUAAUUACUGCUUAUAGAGGAUGUGAGUGAUAUUUGGGGAAGAGAUGCAGACACUUCCAAGUCUUGAUUACUGUUUUGUGGCCCAGUUUCAAAUAGAACAUACUGCGAGUGGGGGGGGGGAGCCAUUUUUGAAUGCUCCCCUGUGUAAAAACACUAACAAACCUGCAAAGAGAGCCAACUCAACAAGAAGUGAGCUUGCUUAGAACCUGCUCAAUUUUUUGCUUGUUUACUGACAGAAUGCUUUUCACAAGGGGAGCAUUCAAAAACAACACCCCUCACCUACAGCCUGAAGUGGUAUCAUUCACUCUGUCACCUGCACAUUCUACCACUUCAUUCUGCUGCAUGUGUAGACAGAGCCAGAAUCACCGUGGCUUUUCUGUGUUUAUUGUGGGAUUGGGGCUCCUCCCACAUGCAGGUUUUUUUUUUUUUUUAAAGCAAUUUAUUGGGUUUUACAAUAAAAAUAAACAUAAUAAACAAUAUAACAUUUGUCUUAACAUAGUUUCACAUUUUCUUUGGACUUCCUCACAUCUCCCGCUCCCACUUUCAUCGUUAUAACAUUUUAUCAGCAAUUUAUCAUCUUAUUUAAAUUCUUAUAUCCCUUCUAUAUUUCAUAAUCUUAUAAUUCUCGAAAGGAGUUAAGUUUUCACAAUCUUACUUGUUUUCUUGAAAAUUCUAAAUUUAGUGGUGCUCAGUUGUUUUAGUCUAGCAUCUUAUUUAGCAUUCACUCAAAUUACAAUGUUUUUGUAGAUAAUUCUUAAAUUUCUUCCAAUCCUCCUCUAUCCUCUCUUCUCCCAGGUCACGAAUUCUGCCGGUCAUUUCAGCCAGUUCCAUGUAGUCUAUCAGUUGCAUCUGCCAUUCUUCCAGUGUGGGUAGAUCUUGAGUUUUCCAGUAUUUUGCGAGAAGUAUCCUUGCUGCUGUUGUUGCAUACAUAAAAAAUGUCUGGUCCGUCCUUGCCACCCCUUGGCCGACAAUACCCAAAAGGAAAGCCUCUGGUUUCUUAGUGAAGGUAUAUUUAAAUACCUUUUUCAAUUCAUUAUAAAUCAUUUCCCAGAACGCCUUCACUUUAGGGCAAGUCCACCAGAGGUGGAAAAUAGUUCCCUCACACUCUUUGCAUUUCCAACACUUAUUGUCAGACAGGUGGUAAAUUUUUGCAAGUUUGACUGGGGUCAUAUACCAUCUAUAAAUCAUUUUCAUUACAUUCUCUUUCAAAGCGUUACAUGCAGUAAAUUUCAAUCCAUUACUCCACAACCUUUCCCAGUCCUCAAACAUAAUAUUAUACCCAAUGUCCUGUGCCCACCUUAUCAUAGCCGAUUUAACCGUUUCAUCUUGUGUAUUCCAUUCUAACAGCAAGUUAUACAUCCUUGAUAGUACCUUAAUCUUUGGUUCUAACAAUUCUGUUUCUAGUUUCGAUUUCUCCACCUGGAACCCUAAUUUCUUAUCAUUUUUAAAAACUUCUUUAAUCUGAGCGUAAUGUAACCAAUCUCGCACUUUGUCUUUCAUUUUCUCCAAACUCUGCAAUUUCCAAUUGUCUCCAUCCUUUUCUAGUAUUUCCCAGUAUUUUGGCCAUUUAGCCUCCAUAUUGGGUCUUUUCGGGCCUUAGCUUCUAGUGGUGAAAGCCACCUGGGAGUUUUAUUUUCCAGCAAGUCUUUAUAUUUUGUCCAGACAUUAAACAGUGAUUUUCUGACAAUAUGGUUCUUAAAGGCCUUAUUUGCUUUAACCUUGUCAUACCAUAAAUAUGCAUGCCAUCCAAAAACAUUAUUAAACCUUUCCAGGUCCAACACAUCAGUGUCUUCAAGGAGUAGCCAAUCUUUUAGCCAGCAGAACGCUGCGGCUUCAUAAUACAACUUUAAGUCUGGCAGGGCAAAGCCCCCUCUUUGUUUUGCAUCAGUUAAUAUCUUAAACUUAAUUCUGGGCUUUUUGCCCUGCCAGACAAACUUAGAAAUAUCUCUCUGCCACUUCUGAAAGCACUCCGUUUGUCCAAAACCUGAAGUGUUUGAAAUAAAAACAACAUCCUUGGCAAUACAUUCAUCUUAAUAGCAGCAAUUCGGCCUAACAAAGAAAGUUUCAAUUUUGACCAACUAUCUAAGUCUCUCUUAAUUUCUGUCCAGCAUUUUUCAUAGUUGUCCUUAAAUAGACUUAGAAUUUUGCUGUUAUAUUUACCCCUAGGUAUUUUACUUUUUAACCACAUUAAGUUCCGUCUCAUUCUGAAACCGUUCUGACUCUGUAUCUGUCAAAUUUUUCCCCAAAACCUUGGUUUUCUGUUUAUUUAAUUUAAAUCCAGCCACCCGACCAAAGUCAUUAAUCAGUUGUAAUACUCUUUUCGUACUGGGCUCUGGCUUCUGCAGGGUCAAACACAUGCAGGUUUUUUUUUUGUUUUUUUUGCAGUGUCCACAUGACAUUUCUGGCACAAACACCAGCACAUUUUUCAUGCAUAUAACCUGGAUUUACUUUUUUUAUAGUAACUCUGUUAAGUGUAAAAACCCUAAAACCUGUUGCUUUAUUAAGCCCCACAUCUCUGCAAUCUCCUUCACUUACUCAAGGGACUGCACUAUCAUAGGUCAGUCUGAAAGUAUCUUCCCUGCAGGCACUUUCCUGCUUGAGGAUGGAUUGUUCCCAUCACAGAGCCAUUUCAUAUUUGUUUGAUUAGAUCAAAUGUUUCAAUGGUAACUCUUUCCCUCUUCCAUUUCAGACCUGACCUUGGCUGUACCUCUUUGUAACUCUCUGGCUCUGAUGUUCACAUUAGCAACAGGGAAGGUUCUUGGAGAAGACAUUGGCGGUGCAAGUAGGUCUCUCUUUUCCUGAGCAGAUGCCAACCCUGUCCGCUCCAGCUGUGCCCUUCUUCAUAGAGAGCUAACAGGAUUUGCAUAUAAUCCUGUUAUAUGCACCUCUCUUCCAUGAGCAAGUUUCAUUGAAGUGGAUAGCAACAGGGAGCACUUUCAGAGCUUUUGCUUAUUUUUCCAAAUUUUUUUUCUUUAGGGGCAGCACUGGGAAUGUUACUGACAGCUUUGGGAGUUGCACUCUGCAUAGCUGGGUCUGUACAUGAGAAGUCAUGAGAACCGUAUUGGAAGAAGGACAGAAUUUGUGGAAGGCAACAGUUCUCCAUGCUAAUGCUGGCUCUGCUUGUAGGACACACACACAGCAUUUUUGGAGGCACCCAGUGGACUCCGCACAAGCUUAGAGCUGUCAAGGCCUGAAGGGAAAGCAUUGUCUUCCUUAAUCUUUAGCCCCACUGGUUGGCGGCGGGCCCUGGGUGGAAUGACUUGGCAUUGGGAUGCUCCUGCCAGCCUGUCCACAGCAGAACCCUUGAGAGUUCUGGGGGUGCCUUCACAUUAGUGGUGCAAUAAGGAGCAUUUUCAACUUGGGCAGGGUUUGUGCUCAAAAGAGCAAUUUUCUGCAAAGGUGAACUAAAAGUGCAGAAAUUGAGGAAGACAAUGGAAGUGCUGAACUGUAAAGCCCCAAACAGCAUCAUCUGAAGGACUGCUUAGGGCUAUGUGAAGUUGCCUAAGCACUGAAAUUGGCUUUGGCAGUCCUGCUCUCUGGCCCAUAAUUAGUUAAGAUCAGAAGGGCAUGCAGAAAGACUAGGCUGGAGGACAAUGUGUUGGGAAAGUCUGGUCUAGGCUAAUGCCUAGAUUUUUUUCUGUAGAUUUACUCUUUGAUGCUUAUUUUAAUUGCUUCUUAAUCAUAGUAUAAGCCACCAUAGAAAGUUGUUACCUGGACAGGUGAUGUGUAAAUGAUUGUAAACAAAUAAAAACAAUACUGCAUUUGAGUAUGUGCAGAGUGGCUUUUCCCUGCCACUGUGCAGCCACAGCUCCGUACCCACCCAAGCUACUGGAAUGACAGCGCAGGCUUCUAGGCCAUCUUGAGUUCCAGCACUAAAUAAAAAUAAAUGAAAUAAACCCCUAAUGACUCUGGGCAAAGCAUAAAUCUUGUGUUGGCUGCAUUUGCAAAGUUUCAUGUGUGGACAGCUAUACCCUCUUCUUUGGAAACUCCCUGGUUUUUUCAAUGAACUCAAGAAAGAGUAAUUAGUUGUACACAUGUGAGACUUGCAACAGAGUGUUGCAGUGGUUGGGUUUUUUUUUAUAAAUAAAGAUUUUCUUGUUUUACAUAAGUGUGUGCAUUGCUUCUUUUUUCCGGUUGUAAAGUCUUUUCUACAGAUUGGUUACAUUUGAUAUGAGACAUCAGUGUUGUAUACAGU